UGUUGUCGACGAUGAUCAAACAAUAGUCAUCGUUGACUGGGGCAACCACCGUAUCGUUAAAUGGAAAAUCGGUGAUACAAACGGUCAAGUAAUAGCAGGUGGUCAUGAUCAAGGAAGUCAACUGAACCAAUUGAAUUGUCCAACUGAUGUGUUGAUUGAUAAAGAGACUAAUAGUCUGAUUAUCUGUGACCGCGGAAAUCGACGAGUUCUACGAUGGUCUCGUCGUGAUGAUACUACUGAGGGAGAAAUUCUUCUCGACAAUAUCGCAUGUUGGGGAUUGGCCAUGGAUAAUCAGAGGUAUCUCUACAUCUCUGAUGUCGAAAAACAUGAAGUAAGAAGAUAUCAAAUUGGAGAGAAGAAAGGAACUAUCGUAGCUGGCGGGCAGGGUCGAGGUGUUGGGUUCAAUCAACUCAAUGAGCCAACCUACAUCUUUAUCGAUCAACAGCAAAGUGUUUAUGUGUCAGACACAUGGAACCAUCGUGUGAUGAAAUGGGCUAAAGAUGCAACAGAAGGAACUGUUGUCUUUCGAGGGUUUCCUCGAGGAUUAUUCGUCGAUACGUCGGAGACCAUCUACGUAGCAGACUAUGGAAGUCAUAGACUUAUGCGUUGGCCGAAAGGAGCAACACAGGGCACUGCCAUUGCGGGUGGAAAUGGUGAAGGAGAAGAAGCAAGUGAGUUGUACUAUCCGUGGGGUUUGUCAUUCGAUCAACAUGGUCAACUCUUUGUUGCCGAUCAUUCCAACCAUCGGGUGCAACGCUUUCCUCUUCAACCAAUUGCUUAA